CGACCGACUGCAACUGCCUCGGCCAGCCAAACCAGCCAUCUGGAACGUUUGAACGGAUUGGUAGUGAUAAAUCCACCAGUGCCGUCGCUGGAAACCAAGACCCGCCUGCCCAAUAAAUGCAUGGUGGUGCAUCCAACUGCCUUUGGUUACGACUUGCAGCCCAUACUCGGCCAAUCUGGCGCUUUCGGCCCAGCCUUCGACGUUUCCAUAACCAUCUGUCCGCCAGCUCAACACCAAGCCCAGCCAUGUCGCCCGACACUCCCCCAUUGACGCAGAUCGGCUGCAUAACCCUGACGGAGCAAGAGAGCAAGAUUUUCGAUAUUCUCUCCAAAUGCGCCGAACACCUGCACCAUCAACAACCGCCAAAGGACGUCACCCUGCGUGUUGCGGGGGGUUGGGUCCGCGAUAAGCUUCUCGGAAUGGAGUCCCAUGACAUCGAUAUUGCCCUCGAUACCAUGAUGGGGUACGACUUUGCGCUCCAGGUCAAUCGCUACCUGGCCGAGAACGGCUUCGAAACCCACACCCUUGGCAAGAUUGACUCGAAUCCCGAAAAGUCCAAGCAUCUUGAAACAGCGACAACCAAAGUCAUGGGCAACUUUAUCGACUUUGUCAAUCUACGAACCGAAUCUUAUCGGGAGGAUAGCCGUAUCCCCAUUGUGCGAUUCGGCACUCCUCUCGAAGACGCUCAGCGGCGUGACAUUACCAUCAACGCGCUCUUUUACAACAUCCAGAGCAAACAAGUCGAGGAUUAUACUGGCCAGGGCCUCUCGGAUCUUCGCAGUGGGCUCGUCCGCACGCCUCUGGAUCCCAUUCAAACGUUCCUCGAUGAUCCGCUUAGGAUCCUCCGCGUGAUCCGGUUUGCAAGCCGCUUUGGCUACCAGAUCGACACAGCGAUUGCCCCCGCAGCCGCAAAUUCCGAUGUCAGAAGUGCCUUUGGCUCAAAAUUAAGCCGAGAGCGUAUAGGAACCGAGGUGGAUAAGAUGAUGAGGGGGCCAGAUCCCCUGCGCUCGCUUCAGCUUGUCUGCGACUUUGGAUAUUAUUCGCUCGUUUUUAUGCCGCCAGAGUCGGUCGAGCCAGUGCUCAACGGCGACACUGCGCUCUCUGUUGCGAAGGCUCUUAAACGUCUCUUGAGCAACGCGCAAGUCUUAUCGCGGAUUGUACCAGAACAUGCCCUGCCACUCUCCGAAGAUGACCACCGAAUACUCUACCUCUGCGCCUCCAUGUGUCCGUUUGCUGACCAAACGUAUACGGAGAAAGCUCGCGAGUACCCUGUCAGCAAGUACAUGGCGGUCGUUUCCCUCAAACUCAAUGUGCACGACGGCGAUGUCUGCCACGCUCUGCAAGGAUUCCAGCCUCUCAUCACGAAGCUGUGCCGGGAUAUCACCCCCAUUACCGACCGCAAAACGAUCGGCCAGCUCAUCCGCAAUAUCGCCAGCAAGCCCUUGGGUGCGAGGGAGGUCUUCAAACCACUUGGGCCCAAGUGGCCCCUCGCACUUAUCUAUUCCCUGGCACUAGAAAUCAGCCAGCUCGGCGAUCCAGCCGACUCCGCUCAUCUUGACAAUCCUGAGGUGUCCAAGACCAUCGGAAACUACGCGCUAUUCAUGCAGAAUGUGGCUCGGUAUGACAUGGAGCACUUGCACGACCUCAAGCCUCUUCUGGAUGGCAAGGACAUUGCUCGGAUUCUCUGCAUCCGGCCUGGACCGCAGGUCGGAGAAUACCUAUACCGCGUCAUGGAGUGGCAGUUGGAGCACCCCCACGGGACCAAGCCCGAGUGCGAGAGCUGGAUCAAGGUUGAGUUUGCUGAAGUUAUCGAGGCGGCUCAGAGCCGCCCUCGAAAAAAGCCACGGAGAGAAUAAAGCGGUCGACUCUUCCAGUCCGGAGA